AUGGACGCAGAUAAUGACGGCGGCAGCUCUGAGCCCAGCAGCCCUCGCAGCCAGACCCUUAGCGAGACGUUACAGUUCGCUCCUAAGACGUUGAAGGCCUUGCAGGAGCAGAGACUGCUUGAGACUGAGCAGAUUGAGGCUACAAUCUUUAAGGAGAAGGCCACGGACGUGAUUGAUAAACUUACAGCCACCAAACGCGUGAGAGAACUCGAGCUUCGCCACUAUGUGGAAGCUAUAAACUUGAACUUAGCCCGGGCUAUAAAUCGAGAAUCAAUCAUCAUGCAGCUCCGUGGUCAUCCAGCCUCUGCCGCCUGCGAGCACUGUAAUAAAGGAGCCGGCCCAUUUAUUGAGUGUAUUGUUAUGAAGGAUACCUUUUCUGGCAGCUGCGCGAACUGCCACUUUAAUGACUUAGGAACUCGGUGCUCACUUCGUACAGAGAGCUUAACGUCGCCUAAUAAGGGUAAGGGCAAGGAGAAGGAAGACUUGCCGGCUGCCUCGCAGCCAAAAAAGAAUGUUAACAAAGAGGGUAGCAGCCGUAAACGGCCUGCUACGGAUACAGAGGUCCGUAAAGAAAAAGCCAGAUGCCUGCACCACCAUUUUCGUAUGGUUGCGUCUACCGCCGAGACGUUAUCUGCAAGAGCUAUGGCGCAGAACGAGAUCCUAGAAGAGAUCUUAAAGCAGCUAGAAGCAAGGCUUACAACAUUAAGAAAUAGCAUUGCUUUGAUGCGGGCCGGGCUUUCAAGUACAGAGGCAAAUGCAGUUUCCCAGUCUAAUCUUGCUAUUGCAGCCCGUGAGAUGGCAGACAGCCUUGCCGCAGAAGCAGGCUUUGAGGACUUCGAGGAGACUACAAGUGAGGAAGAGGAAGAGGCUGCAGCUGUAGCGGAUAUUUGA